CGAAGCCGAGAUUUAGCUAUGAUGUUGGUUCCCUGUAUGAACUGUAGCUAGACAUUGCAGUUACAGAAAUAACCCAUACAUACCAUUGACAUGGUAGGACGAUAUGAAACAGCAUGGCGACAUUCACAUUUAUACAGAUGGUUUUGGUAACAGGAAUGCUUGUUACUGGCAGCAUCAACACAUUGUGCAAAAAGGCGCAAAAUGAUUGUGUGGUGAAAGGUUACAAAUCUAAAGCACACAGUUUUAACCAUCCUUGGUUUCAAACAUGGAUGCUAUGUAUAGCACAGACGCUUUGUUUGAUGGGAUUGCCUAUACAAAGAAGAAGGGAGUUGCAAGAAUAUAGAAAAGAAAUUACCCAGAAUGAAGUCCAGGAUGUGCAGCCUAAAAUAGAAAUAGGACCUCCAGUUCAUGCAAGGCUGUGUCAGUGGAUUUGUAUCGUACCAUCUUGUACCUGCAUACUGUCGGUAUCUCUUGCUGGUAUCGGCUUACUCUUUAUUGAUGCUUCCAUCAUGUCGAUGCUCAGAGGAUCUGUUAUCGUGUUUGCAGGCAUUUUUUCCAAAAUGUUUUUGAAGAGGAAAUUGAAACUGACACAUUGGCUAGGCAUGGCUGUUGUUAUAGUUGGUUUGGUAUUGGCUGGUUGUACAAGUGUGUUUAAAAGUCAAGAUCAUAAAACAAUUGGUGGGAAGACUAUUACAGGAAUAAUACUAGUCAUUAUUGCUCAAGUCAUUACUGGAGCUCAGGUCAUUUUAGAGGAGGCAAUUGUCAAGAAGAGGAACUUGCAUCCAUUGCAUGUUGUUGGACUGAAGGGCAUAUAUGGAUUUUCAUUAAUGUCUUUUAUAGUGUUACCUGUUCUGUAUUUCAUACCUGGUGAUAACGAACAUGGUAGUUUCGAGAACAGUAUUGAUGCACUGUAUCAGAUCUCAAACAGUGUCCGACUUUUCAUGUUGUGUCUUUUAUAUAUUGCAUCAGUAGCAUUAUACAACUACUUUUCAAUGGCUGUAAUUAAGUCACUAACUGCUGUACACAGAACGCUGAUAGAUGCUUGUAGGACAAUUUUGGUAUGGGGAGCUGGUCUAAUCAUCUACUAUUGUUUCAGUAAGAACUUUGGGGAGCCUUUUGACAGAGCGUACGGGAUUAUUCAAAUUGAUGGUUUCUUAUUUCUGAUGAUCGGUACAGCAAUGUAUAACCAGCUCAUAGAUCUGAGAAAUUUUGUGUCAUGUUACAAUUUCCAGUCACAGGAAACAAAGGCAGUUUGUAACGAAUCUAAUCAUCAUAGCAACGUACAAUAUGUUACUUACAGCGAGGAUGAAACUUACAAUGAAAGGACAAAUUUGUUGACAGGAGGAAGAUAGUUUACAAAUGAAGUUUGGAGAAACAAUUGUCUUCCAAAGUAUUUUAGUCUAGUUUACAGUCCGAUGAUUUCAGUUACUUUUGACCUUUGCAGAAUGGCAAAAAAUUCUAUACAAAUCAUUUUUAUAUAAACAUAAUGAAAAUCUAUAGUUGCGCAUUCCUUCCAACACAUAAGCUCUUAAAUGGGCCCAUAGAGAGAAGACGCUAUUACAACCCGUUUUGUAGUAAAGUUGCGAAUUGUAAUAAUUAUAACAAAACGGCUUGGAGUGCUUAUUACAAUUUGAAAUGGACAUCACAACCCGUUUUGUAAUAAAGUUGCAAAAUGAAAUAAAUUUCUCAGAGUGGG